AUGUGUCCUGUGGUGUCUUUUCGGUUCAAAGUCCUGUCUGUUCGGCUAGAUUUCAAGCCCCAGGAGGGCAGACACUGCCUUGUACUUUUAUUACCUGAGACCUUGGCAGAAGUCACUAAAAAUACUUGCCAGACAUACUCUCUCUGCCUUGACCUCACCGUCAAAUCUCAGUCUGGACCCGGACACCCUUGGUAUGAAGUGCAGGCCUCAGUGGACAAAAAGCCUGUCUUUCAGUAUGACAGUGACAGCAGCAAGAUGAAACCUUUGGGUCUCCUGGGGGCGAAAGUAAAUGCCACCAAAGCAUGGACAGAAUUGACCCAGACGCUGGGAGAGGUGGGGCGAGAGCUCAGGAUGAUCGUGUCUGACAUCAAACUGGAGAACAGCGUGACCAGGGGUCCCCCCACCCUGCACAUCCAGCUGUCUUGUCAGUGUGAAGCAGAACGAGGCACCGCUGCGUCCUGGCACUUCAACAUCAACGGGCAGCCAGCCCUCCUCUUUGACGCGAUGAGCAUGACCUGGACAGUCACGAGUCCUGGAGCCAGAGAGGAGUGGAAGAACAAGGGACUGGCAGACUAUUUCAGGAGGAUCUCAAUGGGAGACUGCCGUCACUGGCUUAGGGAAUUCUUAGAACACUGGGAGAAAGUGCUGGAGCCCCCAGGUAACUGA